CUUCCCCACCUCCGGACUGCACUCUCCCCGUUUACGCUGAGCCUAGCCCCUCAUGCCCGGGGUUCCCACGUCGGCCGGCGCACCCGCACCAAUCUCCACAGGCAAGAUGGCUACCGGCGAGAAGGGCGACGAUCUGCGUCGCCUGGUCAACGAGGCGCACCCGCCCCGUGCCGCCGACCUCGCCGAGCUGCACAGCUUGCAGAAGACGCGCAAGGAGCGCGAUGACACCGCCAAGACGGCCUCUCUGACGGCCACCCUCAAGUCGGGCGCCCGCGAGGUGGGCCCCCGCGUCGUGGUGCGCGAGCCCAAGCACCUCUACCUGCCCCAGUCGCCCCGCUCCCGCGCCGCCGCCGAGGAGGAGCAGACCGACCUCAUCAAGGAGAUGUUCCACGAGAUGGGAGACAUCGGGCUGAAGCCGGUGGUGGUGUACCACAACCUCAGCGUGCCCGAGCUGUACGAGCAUGCCCUCAAGUACGAGCCCUCCACCCACAUCGUUGCCUCGGGAGCCCUGGCCACCCUGUCGGGCGCCAAGACCGGCCGCUCCCCCAAGGACAAGCGCGUGGUGCGGGAGCCCGACAGCGAGGCCGACAUCUGGUGGGGCGCCGGCUCCCCCAACUACGAGAUGGAUGAGCGCACCUUCAUCCUCAACCGCGAGCGCGCCGUCGACUACCUCAACACCCUGGACCGCCUGUACGUGUUUGACGGCUUUGCGGGCUGGGACACGCAGGCGCGGUUCAAGAUCCGGGUGGUGUGCGCCCGCCCCUACCACGCCCUCUUCAUGAACAACAUGCUCAUCCGUCCCACCGAGGACGAGCUGCACACGUUUGGCGCCCCCGACUUCACCAUCUACAACGGCGGCGCCUUCCCCGCCAACCGCUACACCUCCUACAUGACCUCCUCCACCUCCAUCGACGUCUCCCUCAAGCACAAGGAGAUGGUCAUCCUGGGCACCCAGUACGCGGGAGAGAUGAAGAAGGGCGUGUUCAGCCUCAUGAACUACGUGCUGCCCAAGAUGGGCAUCCUCUCCCUGCACUCGGGCUGCAACGAGGGCAAGGACGGCGACGUCACGCUCUUCUUCGGGCUGUCAGGCACCGGCAAGACCACGCUGUCUGCCGACCCUCACCGUCCACUCAUCGGGGACGACGAGCACGGGUGGAGCGACCGCGGCGUGUUCAACAUUGAGGGCGGCUGCUACGCUAAGGCCAUCGGCCUCAAAGAGGAGAACGAGCCCGACAUCUUCCACGCCAUCAAAUUUGGCUGCAUCCUGGAGAACGUGGUGUUUGACGAGGAGACGCGCUCCGUGGACUACGACACCUCUCGCAUCACCGAGAACACGCGCGCAUCAUACCCCAUCGAGCACAUCGAGAACGCCAAGAUCCCGUGCGUCGGCGGCCACCCCAAGAACAUCAUCAUGCUGUGCUGCGAUGCCUUUGGCGUGCUGCCCCCCGUGGCCAAGCUCACCAAGGAGCAGGCCAUGUACUACUUCAUCUCCGGCUACACCGCCAAGGUGGCGGGUACGGAGCAGGGCGUGACGGAGCCGGAGGCCACCUUCUCCGCCUGCUUCGGCUCCGCCUUCCUCAUGUGGCACCCGACCAAAUAUGCGUCCAUGCUGGCUGAGAAGGUGGAGAAGCACGGCGCCCACGUCUGGCUCAUCAACACCGGCUGGACGGGCGGCCCGUACGGCGUGGGCUACCGCUUCAAGCUGCGCCACACCCGCGCCAUCGUGGACGCCAUCCACAGCGGCGAGCUGGAGGCAGCGCAGUACGAGACGAUGCCCACCUUCAACCUGCAGGUGCCCAAGGCGGUGAGCAACGUGCCAGCGGAGGUGCUGCUGCCCAUCAACUGCUGGGCGGACAAGGAGAACUACACCAAGACGCUGUCCCACCUGGCGGAGCUGUUCCAGAAGAACUUCAAGAAGUUCGAGGACGGCGGCGGCCAUGUGACGGCGGAGGAGGCGCACCAGAUCCUGGCGGCCGGCCCCACGCUCUGA